ACCACAACUAACCAAAUAAGUCAUUUGCUGAUGGAACAUUUGGUACUAUCACAAGCCAGACAUGAUCUAGCACUUGUAAGAACUUGAACACAACUCCACUUUACUCAACUCACAAGUCUCAAACAUCUUCAUGGCAAUCAGCCUAGUGACCUUAUUCGGCGGAAUUAUUCGCCGUACCCUCUCUGCAGCCAGCCUCUCCUCCCAAACCAUCGCGAUCGACGAUGAAACCACCAUCCAUUUCUGGUCACCUAAGCCAACCACCACUAGCAGCUCAACUGCCAAACCUCCCCUUCUUCUGAUCCACGGGUUCGGGCCUCAUGGCGUGUGGCAAUGGCAACAGCAGAUAAAUUUUUUCGCCAAGUCUUAUAGCCUUUACAUUCCGAAUUUAGUGUUUUUUGGGGGCUCCUACUCGACGUCGUCAGAGAGGUCAGAGAUUUUUCAGGCCAGGGCGAUGGGGAAGCUGAUGGAGAAGGUGGGAGUGGAGAAGUACUAUGUAGUUGGGACUAGUUAUGGUGGAUUUGUGGCGUUUCGGAUGGCAGAGAUGUGGCAGGACAGGGUGAUGAAGGUUGUGAUAGCAAAUUCCGCGGUAAAUGGUUUAUUGAGUGAUAGUAUGGAAUUGGUGAAGAGAGGUAAGGUGGAGAAGAUUGAGGAUUUGAUAAUGCCAGAGAAGGCGUCGGAGCUGAGGAAGCUGAUGAAUCUGUCUGUCUUUCGUCGUGCUUAUGUGCCUGAUUUUAUUUUGAACGAUUUCAUUAACAGGCUGUACAGCAAAAACAGGAAGGAGAAGCUGGAACUCUUGAGGGGGCUAACCAUCGGAUGGGAUGAUAUCAUGAAAGCAUCUCCUCUUCAACAGGAGGUGCUGAUAGUCUGGGGAGAACAUGACAAGAUAUUUCUGUUGGACCUUGCAAUGGAGCUCAAGAAGGUUCUGGGGAAGAAUGUAAAACUGAAAGUGAUCAAGAAUGCAUCACAUAUUCCCCAAGUUGAGAAUGCAUGGAAGUUCAACAACAUUAUUGAUACUUUCUUAAGGGACUCUCCAGACCAAGGCUUAUCUCUUAUGUCCAAACUUUAGCUAGGGGUUAUAUAUACUACUAAUUUCUUGAUGUAUAUCCAGUGAUGAAUUAUUCCAGAUUGGAUCAUGCUUAGUUCAUAUUCGAAUUUGGGCUUGAUUACCAAUUUGGUUCGAUUGAUCCGAUAAUUCUAAUAAGUACAUCUGUCGGAUCAUAGGCGUGUGUAUUUGGGAUAAAAGCCUUGUAUAUAGACAGCAUGUCACAUAUGUCAGGAAGACAUUCAAUAAAAAUCACAGAAUAAUUUUUAAUUUUAAUAAUAUUAU